CCCAAUCACCGCGGCAUAUGGAGCGGUGGACGGGGACCUUCCCGGCCGGAGGGUUUAAAAGGCGCCUCCGCCAGGGCCGCACAGCUGGAGCGACCGAGCGGUGCCAGGCCAGGUGUGCGCGUCCGUCGGUCCUUCCGUGCCCGCGCCGGAGACCAGUCUCGGAGGCCGCCGGGCCCGUCCCUGUGCCCGGCACCAUGAAGCAGGAGUCCACAGCCCAGAACACCCCGCCCGCCUCGCUGCCCCUCUCACCGGCCCCCUCGCCACCCCCCUCGCCACCCCUCUCGUCACACGCGCAGCAUCCCCGGGAUGGCGGCGAUCCCCAAGCGCUGUGGAUUUUCGGGUACGGAUCCCUGGUGUGGAGGCCCGACUUCGCCUACAGCGACAGCCGUGUGGGCUUCGUGCGCGGUUACAGCCGCCGCUUCUGGCAGGGAGACACCUUCCAUCGGGGCAGCGACAAGAUGCCUGGCCGGGUCGUGACCCUCCUUGAAGAUCGUGAGGGCUGCACUUGGGGUGUGGCAUACCAGGUUCGAGGAGAGCAGGUGAGCGAGGCCCUGAAGUACCUGAACGUGCGGGAAGCGGUGCUUGGCGGCUAUGAUACCAAGGAAGUCACCUUCUACCCCCAAGAUACCCCUGACCAACCACUCAAGGCACUGGCUUAUGUGGCCACCCCCCAGAAUCCUGGUUACCUGGGCCCUGCGCCUGAGGAGGCCAUUGCAACACAGAUCCUGGCCUGCCGAGGCUUCUCUGGCCACAACCUCGAGUACUUGUUGCGCCUGGCGGACUUCAUGCAGCUCUGUGGGCCCCAGGCACAGGACGAGCACCUGGCAGCCAUUGUGGACGCUGUGGGCACCAUGCUGCCCUGCUUCUGCCCCACCGAGCAGGCUUUGGCACUGGUCUGAGGGGCUGAGCCCCUGCAGGGAGUGUCCACGUAGACAUGGGGCCAGGUCCCCACUCCUGUGCCCACAGUGGACUUGAUACAACUGGAGCCCGCUGAAAGGACUUGGUGGGGGGCUGGGAGCUUCUCUCCCUAAGUCUCUGCCUGUCCCACCAGCUUCCAGCUCUCCUGCCUGACGCUGACUUAUUACUUGAAACUAUUUAUUGCACCAUGUUGGUGUGGUGGGCAGGGUGGGGGGCCUGCCCUGGACAUAGGGGCCCUGCUGAGCGGUGCCCCACCUCAGGCACCUGGUGCCUGACCCGAUUCCCCCCAGUGCUGCUACUAACCCCAUACCACCCAGGCCUCUGUCUCCCCACCCCCAGACCAACCACUCUUCAGCCCUGGAAAUAGACCAUAUGUGAAAAGUCCCAGCCUGCUGAGAAGGGACAGGAGGGAGUGAGGAGAAGGGAGCCUUAUGAGAACUGAGGCACCUGUGGGUCCUGCUCACCAACCCCCACCCCCCAGGUUCCCAGGGCAGAACUGGAUCUGGAGCCCGGGCACAGCUGCUGAGGCUGGGCCUGAGCCUCUUAGCCAUUUGGCUGUUUCCCUGUCUGUCUGUCUGUCUCUCUGUUUGCUUGUCUGUCUUUCGGUCUGUUCCUGGGAAGCUCAUCACUAUGGGCCCUGGUACCUUCCCAGUCUGUCCCAUACUGUUAAUCCAUAAACUGAUCUCUUACUAUCUGUGUUGUGCUAGAAUGUGGUUCUUUCUUCAGAUGGGCUGUUGGGGCAAGUGACGUGGUGAAGCCUUGGAAGGCACGUGGGAGGGGCAAGGGCUCCCUCUUUCUCUCCAUCCCUCUCGCAGGGAGGGGGCAGCCGAGCAGGCAGGGCUGCCAGCCGGGCUGCACCACUCCACGGGCACCUUUCCCGUCUUAGUGCAGGCAAAAAAUGCUCCGAGGUAUGCAGAAUUCGCCUGUGUGGCUCUACUUGGCAGCCCCAUCCGCAGUGUACUUACCACAGACCUGGUACUCUACGUCUCCUCUCAGCUGUCCCCAGGAGGCUGGCAGGCUUGGAGGUCAGACCAGGUCUUCCUCUAGCCGCCGCCUCUUGCUGACCUGUGAGAGGAGACCCCUGGCUUCCUGCUCAAGGAGCAUGUGGGUUAGAGGACGGUGGUGAUGACUUCAACAAUGCUGACAGCAGAGACAUGUGGCCUUUUGGAGGGCCUUUUGAUUUUGAGGCCAAGAGUGGCCUUUUGAUUUUGAGAUUCAGGUGCUUGCUAACUGUUGCCUUCUGGGGCUGUGGUGUCGGCUGUGCCUUCUCGGUUAACCUCACCUGCCAGGACUCUUGUUCACUAUGGAAUGAAUUGCCAGGGUGCCCUCCGGGCUACUAGUUUACUCUCUGCCUGCCCCUGGCUGCUGCUCCCCCAAACCCCCACCCCCAUCCCCAAGUGCAAAGCCCAGCCCCCAGCAUCUCAGAAUGGCCCCUCAGUGGGCUCAGCUGCUUAUUCCUGGACCCGCAGAAUAGGUACAGGGCCCAUGUGACAGCUUUUUCAUAGCAGAAGAGCCUGGCUCCACCACAGAAACAUCCCUCCUUGGCCCAGUGACCUCCAGAAAACUCCUCAGCCCUCUGAGCAUCAGUUUACACUGGGACACUGUGUGGUUGGUCUGGUUGCUGCUCUGUGGCUGGUGCCCUGGAUUGGUCUGGAUGUCCCCAGUGGGGUCAGCUCUGACCAGUUGGGCAGCCGUUGUGCCUGGUGUGUUGGUGACCUCGUGUCUUGCCAUUGAUGGAGUUAGUGUGGAGUUCAGCCAAGUUCUGGGAGCUCAUGAGGGCAACGUGGCAGGAGGCGGCUUGGGCAGCGGCCUCCUGAGCCAGGGCAGGGCCAGACAGCCAAUCGGGUGCUCACAGCAGAGCCCUACUGUCUGCUGAGUACGGGUGGGAAGGGCUGCUUGCCAGCCGUACAUGGGCUCACAUUCUUCAAGCCAUUCGUUGAACUAUUUACUAAAUUGCUAUAUGCCAGGCACUGACCUGGGCACUGGGGAUACAGCAGUGAAGCAAUCUCCCUCCUUAGGGAACUCAGCCUAGAAACUCUGAAUGGUGACUUUCUCUCUUCUUUUUUCUUUUCUUUUCUAUUUUUUGAAUGGUGACCAUUUAGCAUGCAGUGUGCUGUGAUGGGAGGAGAAGAGGGCACUCCGCUUAGAGGGGCAGUCAGGGAAGACUUCCUGAGGGAAGGAAUGAUGAGGCUGAACCCUGAACUUGAGAAGGGGUCUCUGGUGAACACAGGCAGGGAACAGCCUGUGCUAGGGUGGAAAGUGAGGUCGGACCAGCUGGGACAGAGGGGACAGAGUGGUGUGGGGGGUGGGAAGUGGGACUGGACAGGGGGCAGGACCACAUCCCGCUGUCUGGGCCUGGUCAUCUGUGCUGCGCUGUGGAGGUGGCAUUCCACCUGGGUCCAUGGUGGCCGCCUGCGGAUUCUGAGCAGGGAAGAGACUGCUUGAGAGGAACCCUGGCUUCUGUGUCAGGUUGGAACAGGAAGGCCAAAGACAGGCUGGGGAGAGGUGAACGCGGCCUGAGUGGAGGUGUGGCAGUGGGAAUGGGGAGGGAUGGAUCUGAGAGUCAUUCAGGGCCUGACGCUGGCAGGGGUUGGUGUGGCUGGCUGAGGGGCAGAGGGAGGGAGGGCUAGAGGGCCAGGGUUGCUGGUACAGCUGUAGGGUUGGAAGGGCAGGGGGAGAGAUGGGCCCUGUGUGAGUGUGUGAGCUGGGGGUUUCUGUGUGGGGCAGAGGCAUCCACACGAAUGUUCAAGGAGAGUUGGGGAUGUGGGUCUGCAAUUCAGGAGAGAAAUAAGGGCUGGAGUUAGAGAUUUGAGGGCCAUAUACAUGGAGACAGUAUUUAAAAUCUUGGAAGUGGAGAGAAAAGGGGGCCCAGGCCCAGCCCUGAGGUGCCCAGCCCUAGUGGCCUGAGUGAAGCAAGAAUUGGAAAGAACAGGCAGCUGGAGAGGGAGGAGGAGAACCAGGGUCAUGCUGCUGAAUGGCCAAGGAAAUACGGACACAGGAGCGUCCAUUGCAUGAAAUGCUAGGGGGUCCUCUGUGGCUGCAGUGCGAGCAAUUUCAGGAAGAGUGGCCGGAAGCCACAAGUCAGAACUGGGGAGCCUGUAGGAGGGGAAGGAGAUCACUCUCAAGAAACUAGCUGCUGAGAGAGAAGCAGAGGGUUGACCAGGGUUUGAAGAGGGCAUAGGAGUCUCAGGACCCCUUUACAAAUUAAAAACUGAAGACCCCAGGAGUUGUUAUUUACACGGAACAUAACAAUUGGCAACAUUUUACUGUAUUUGAGAUUAAAAUGGAGAAGUUUAAAAUGUAUUUAUUAAAUUAAAAACAAAAAUCUAUUACAUGUUAACAUAUUUUUAAAGAAAAAUGAUUCUAUUUUCUGAAGUUUUGUAAGGAGAAUGGCAUUGUUUUGUGUUUUUAAUGUCUGGCUUGAUGAAAGCAGCUGGGUUCUCAUUUGUUUCUGCAUUCAUCUGUUGCAAAUCCACCUAUCAUAUAGUUCUGGAAAACUCCACUGUACACACUUGGAAGGAAAUGACAGCAAAAAGGCAAAU